CUUCUCUCCUCCUCCGCCUCCUCCCCCUCCUCUCGCGGUGCGGUGGAAGAGAGGGCUCUCUUCCUUCCUCAACCCUACUCCUCCGAAUCCAUCCCCGGCGAGGUCGCGCGGCGGCGUCGGAACAGCGAGCAGGCGGAGGGAGAGGAAUUUUUUUUUAUUAAAAUAAGUUUGUGGUGUGGGGGAUCGCCGCAACGAAGAACCAACGCCUGCUUCACUGAUUCCGAUUGGGUGGGGGGUCGGAUCCCCGGAUCCCCCGCGCCGGCGAGAAUUCGGGCCCGCCCCGCGCCAGAUCCCCGCGAUUCCGGCGGCGGCGCCGGGGAUGAGAGCCCCGAGGACAUGGUCGCCGCGACCCGUGCCGUGGAGGGCGGCCCAGCACGAGUGAGGCGGCACCUGCAGGAGGGGAGGAGCGGCGGCGGCGGCGGAGGAGGUGGAGGUGGUGUGUGCGGCUGCGGUGGUUGUCUGAGGCGGAGGAGGGAGGAGGUGGUGGUGGUGGUGGUGGUGGGUGAUCCGGGGCCCGAGGCGGCCGUGCCAUGUCUCGCUGCUUCCCGUUUCCGCCCCCAGGAUAUGAGAAGACCGCCCGCCCCGACGGCCAGCUAGCCUCGCACCUGCUCGAGAAGGAGAAACACAAGGAGAAGAAGCAUAAGAAGGACAAGAAGGACAAAGAAAGAAAAGAAGGCAAAGAAAAGAAGGAUAAAGAAAGGAGCAAAGAUAAGCACAGAGAUAAAAAGGAUCGGAAAGAAAAACACAAAGACAAGAAAAAGGACAAGAGCAAAGAUAAAAGCAGGGAGUUAGAAGAAGGAACUGAAAGACACAGCGAGGCUCUCCAUGGCCAGAAAGUUGGAGAGAGCAGCAGGAAGUCUGAAGAAAUUAAGGAUCCUAAGUCCAAGGAGGACUCGGUCAGGAAGAUACAAAAUGAGAAAGGGGCGGCGAAUCAAUCUGUUCAGAACUUUUCUGUUUCAAAUGAACGAGGUCGUGAAGCCUUUAGUGCUGCACCUGCAUUGGAGAGCGAAAGAACUACAGCUAAUAAAAUGCAUACUCACUCUAUUAAUGCUUCAAGGAAAACCGAGGGCUUGGGACAGAAGGGCAUCAGCAUCAAUCAACAAAAAAAUGGGACAGCAAUUCGACGUGGAGAUGUCAUCAGCUCAUCUCAAAGAACAUCUGAUGUCUUCAUUGCAGCACCUACAGCUGAGAAAGAAAGAGUUAAAUUCACAAGGCCUCUCUCUAACUCUACUGAUUCUGUGCCAAGGAAAGAGGGGAUGGGACAGCGAAUCAAUAACAUUAGCAUACUGGUUCAGAAGAGAGCUGAUAGUCCAAACAAAGAGACUGCAAAGAAAGAAACUGGCACCAAUUCUCCACUGCUUCCAAGCCCUGCUAAUAUUAUGCAUAAGGGAAAUGGUAAGGUUGGUCGGCCGAUGGAGAUUGCGACACAGCGGUUUGACAGUCCAUCGACUUCUAGCACAACACCAGGGGCAGAUAGAGGAAUGCCUAGGUCAACUAUCCCAAGCCCAAGUAUUACAAUACGAAGGCCAAAUGGACUUGUACGACCACCUGAAAACAUUUCCAUUUCUUCUAAGAAACUUGAUGCAGGAGGUGCUUUCCCAGCUAUGGGGAAGGAAAAAGAACAGGGUGGAAGGAUAUUGCAGAAUAAUAUUAUCGAUCCAAAACAGGCUAAUUCAAAACCUCCAAUUGUGGAGAAAAUUUCAGAUGGAAGAGCUGAAAGGAUGGAGAAGGUCAGAGAUGGGGCACCUGAUGAUGCAAAGAAAGAGGAUAAGAAGAGUGAUCGACACGAGAAAAAGAAAAGGAAAGAGAAAGAUAAACAUAAAGAGAAGAAAAGGGAUAAAGAGGCAAAGAAGGAGAAAGAGGAACAAAAUAAUAACAAAGAGCAUGAUAAGCUAAGAGAAAACAGUAUAAAUUGUCAGGUAGAUAGUAGUCUUCACAUGAAGUCCUCAACCCCUCCUUUAGGCCCACCAGCUGAUGAUGCAAAAGCUACCCUAGCUGAUGAUAAUCUGAAGAAGCGAAAGAACCACGAGAUGAAUGGUUACUUACAAAACCAUCAUGAUAUGAUGCGGCCUACAAAGUUGCCAAGACCAGCCCUCUCCAACGCUCAUGUGGAGAAUGGUACAGCAUCUAAUGUAGCCGCGCCACUCUCUUCUGUGAAGCCGGAGGCCAUAAAUAUUGAAAAGGCUGAAAGGCUACACAAGAUGGAAGAGAAGAUCAAUGGCAACCAGGAAGGUCAACGAUCUUCAGUUGAGCCACGCCUUCGGGAUCCUCUGGCUGCAUCUGAGAAUGGUGCGCCUUCUAAGAAGCUGCCACACCCAGACAGCAAGUAUCUCAGUCAGAUAUACAGCAUUCCUGAAGCACCUCAAAUGAUGGAAUGGCAUGGGCAUGAUGACGAGGACUGGCUAUUUAGCCAUGAUACCACACAACCAAAGAAACCCACGUCAGAGACCGAGGCUGAUGGAGCUCCCCAAGUGUGGUCUCAACCUCUGAAGAUUGACCAGGCAGAUGUCAUUGCUUUACCAUAUGUCAUUCCCUUCUAAUAUAGUGCUGCCUAAACAGCUGUGAGGAUCUUGUGGUAAUUGAGCAUUCAAACAUCACACUGCAACUUGUUUCUGGGUGCUGCAUUGCUACAACUAGUGUAGCUCGGCACAAAUGGGUGAUUCAUCCAUUUGAGGGUAGCACGUCCUAUAGCCUCAUGCACGCUGGUAGAUUGGUGCAUGAGGUUCAUCACUUUGUGAGAGUUGGCGUAGCAGCUGAAGAAUAUCCCUGAGUUUGAGUGCUGCGUGGAAAGACACUGUUCAAUUCAUUGUCAGAACACGCCGAUUAUGUAAGGUGGGGUGUGAUUAGAUAUCAUGCUGUUACCGCUGCACAAUUUUGAUCUGUAAGGUGUAAAAGCAUUUUUAUAACCAAAAUGUACAUUAGAAAGAGGAGGAAUGGGGUGAGAGGGGGCAGGAGAGGGAAGAGGAAGACUUGGAGGAUUCAUUUAUACUUGAGAUGGUUCCAUAUAUGCUGGCUGAGAGUCUGCUUCUGCUUUGAUUCAUUCCAAAGUUUGGCUCUCUACCUUUGACAUGUGUCUUUUUGUACAUAGCUGUUUAGUUUACAUAGAUGAUCAUGUGGGUGUCCGAGGUUGUAACUUGCUUCUUGAGCAGUUUUCAUGUUGAGAGAGUCAUGCCAUCAUCUCCUGUCACAUACAUUGUCUGGUAGCUUACCAUCUCAAGAGGAUGGAUGACUGUUAGUUUUCGGUUGACUUUACCAGUUUAA